GGGGCUCGCCGUGCCCCGUGCCGGAGGGGCCCCGCAGCCCGGUGUUGCGGAUGCGGCGGCGGAGGGCGGGGCUGCGACCGUAGCGCUCGGACGGGAGCCGGGCGAGGGCCGCGUCCCGCCGCCGCGUUCCUCUUGGCGUCUGUGUCGCUGCGUUGUUGCCCGCCGGACGGCCGCGUCCGCAGCUGCGGGUGGCGGAGGGCGAGGUGCGGAGUGCUGCUGUUUCCCGGUGGUCGCAGUUACGAGGCGUGCUGACGCUUUGUCCGCUUUUCUCUUCGGCCUCCCUCAGCCCUGUGAGCCCGGCGUGCGUCGGCGCGGCGCACCGCGCGCGUUGUGCCGGCAGCCGUCGCGGGUGGCUGGGUGCUCACAGCUGCUGUGCGGGACACUGCGCGGCUUCGGCUCGUGUCUUCAAGGGCAUGAAGAAACUGGUUUUGGUCUUUCCUGCAUUGGACCCAACUGGAUACAGCAACUCCUCCCUACUGACUGCACAGACCACAUUUUCUACUGGAAAUAAGUAACUGCAAAAAUGUGUUGUCUUACGCCCAGGAACUGAAGAUACAUAGGACAAUGCACAGUGGUGGCAUUUUGCAUGCUGUCACAUGGUUUUUGCCAUGGCAUCUGAGACUGAAAAGGCCCAUGCUCUUCUCCAGACUUUCAGCGCAGCUUCAGUUAUUUCUAGCCUAGGUUUGGGAAUAUUCUGCUUUGCAGCAGACAGACUGCUUCAGGUUUCCUUUGUUCAGCAGAAUGACUGGCUCCGAGCCUUCUCUGAUAAUGCAGUGCACGGUAUACUGGGAAUGUGGUCCUGGGCCAUAGUGAUUGGCCUCAGGAAGAAAAGUGACUUCACUGAAGUUACGCUGGCUGGCUUCCUUGCCUCUGUCAUUGAUGUGGACCACUUCUUACUUGCUGGCUCCCUGUCGUUAAAGGCUGCUCUGAGUCUUCCCCGGAGACCACUCCUUCAUUGUUCUACUGUGAUUCCUGUUGUGGCUCUGACAUUAAAGCUUAUUAUGCACCUCUUUAGGCUUAAGGACUCGUGGUGUUUUCUUCCUUGGAUGUUGUUUAUAUCCUGGACUUCUCAUCACGUCCGUGAUGGGAUUCGUCACGGCCUUUGGAUCUGCCCAUUUGGAAAAACUCCUCCUUUGCCAUACUGGCUCUAUGUGGCAAUUACAGCAUCUUUACCUCAUCUAUGCUCAUUUAUUAUGUAUUUAACGGGAACUAGAGAAUUAAUGUCUAUAAAACAUGGAAUCCACAUUGAUGUAUAAGGAUGAUGUAUCUUAGUCUUCUGUAACGCACUUGAAACAGGCUGUGUUUGUCACUGGAAUGGUUUUCUUAUGUUUCCUGCGAAUUUCAAGUCAGGCAUUUGAAGCCAGUAGAAUUCCUAUGUCAGUUCCUUGUGAUCAAAGUAACUUGUCCCAUUGAUGGCAUUAACAUUUCAUAUCUGUGCAUUCCCCUUGUAAAUUAUCUGCUCUUCCGUUACUAUUCAUAUAUAGCUAGCUUUUAAUGAAGUACUGAUUAAUGAAGUACUUAAUAUCACUGUAGUAAUUGCAUUAUAUUUUGUUGGUGCCAUUCAUUUGAUCACCAUACAUUCUAGAUUUGGAGUCUUCCUACAUUUCAUCUAGAUAGCAUUUGUAUAGUACUUUAAAAACGAAAAGUUAUGUAUAGAUGCUAAGUACUUGAAUUUUGUAGUUCAUCACACUUCUGAAAAACACCAGUUAGGCUUUUGAAGUAAGUUAUUUGUUUUCCUGCUGGGCUCUGGUAUUCAGCAGUUUUAAAAGAAAUGCUAUUUGUAUUUCAAAACAUAAAGUUGUGGGUCUACAUCAGUUUGAACGCUAUUAUAAUACAGUGUUUAUAUAAAUUCUGUUCCACCAUUGUUAUUUGAUACCCAUUUGGCAGAUGGUUACUGAUUGCUAAUAAUUAGAAAGGGAGAAGACAAUAGUUACAUUAUUAUGUGUGUCAACUGAAGUGCUUAAUUUAAAAUACAUUAAUUAUGAAUACUUAAAUUGAAGGUAGGGAAUUUAAGUAAAUAUUUAAGGCGUAUGUAGGGGAAACUUGUUUGUUAUACUAAAAUAUAAGCUUUAAGAAGAUUCUGAAAGUUGCAAGAAAAAAAUUGCUUCAAAUUUUGAUUAAAGACCUUACUACUCUACUAAAAUAUAGCAUUUUCCCUUAGGUGCAGUAUCAACCUUACUGCAAAGUAAAAUGCAUUAUUGUUACAGUGAAAUAGAACUUCCUCAUAAGUAAGUUUCUUAAAGAAAAAUAUGAGUAUGUUGCAAGUUGAUAACAGUAGCUAUGAUUAUGCAGCAGGUGCUUCACUACUCGCUAAGUAAAGAAUUUUGCCCUAACGUCUAAUCUAAAUAUACCUUAUUUUAGUUAAAACCAUUCCCCCUUGUCUUAUCACUAUCUGCCUGUCUUAAAAGUCAAUUUACCUCCUGUCUAUAGGAUUCCUUUAAGUACUGGAAGGCCAGAAGGAGGUCUGUUCUUUAGCGUCACUGGUUUUGACUUGGGUCUUUGGUUGGACCAACUUUACAGGAUUGUCUUUUCCAGUCCUGAACGAUCACCUCUCAUCUUUCCAUCCCCAGAGCUUUGUUGCAUAAGGGACACCUGCGGGACAAGAGGGAGACGAUGACUCCUGCUCCCAGUAGAGAGGAGGUUCCAGUUUCCUUCUUCGUGCAUGUUUUUGCUGUUUUUCUCCUCAAAGUUGGAAGCUAGCUUACCUACUGCUUGCAGGGACUUAAGACGAGGUUGUCAGUGUCAUUGAACAAUACCAACAUCUGUCUGAUUCACUAUGCUGCCUGGUGAUGUCCUCACACAACCUGGCCACCUGCUCAGGAAGUUCAUCAAGCUGGGCACACUUGCAGCCAUGACAUCUCCUUCACUCAGGCUCUAGAAGGACUUCCAGAUUCUGGAGUUUGCCACAACUGGAGGUCUGGGCAGAUCUGUCUUUCCUUAGGAGCUCCAUCUGGGUGCAUGCAUCAGCCCAGAAUAGCUGUGGCCCUCCAGCCUGUGUUUCUGCCUGAGCUCAGCCAUGGUGGCAGAUGGUCACCAUGUUUGUUUCAACAGAGUGCAGCUCCCUGCUGUUCUCAGAAGAGAAAGGAGCAGGCUGCCUGCUGGGCUGUGGCCACCCUUCCUGUUUGAACUGCCAUGCAAAUUGCUUUGCCCUGUUUGCUAACUCAGGUAGUCAUGCUUCUUAUUGCUUGUCCUUGGGUCUCCUCAAUUUCAGGGUCCCCCUUCUCACACCAUGAUCCCCUGCUCUACUGUAGAACACACCUGUACUGGAGCUGACUGCCUCAGAAAAUGAAGUCCAGGAUACAUUUGGCCUUCUGGGCUGCAAGUGCACACUGCUGGGUCAUGUCCAGCUUUUUGUCCACCAGGAUCCCAAGUCCUCCUCUGCAGGGCUGCUCUCUGUGAGUUCUUGGUUCGUGAUCCUGGAGUAAUCUUGCAGUAACAUGCAAAAAAACUUGUCUCCUCCUACGCUUCAGAAAUACAUGAUGAAUUAUAAGUUUAUGUGUUCUGUAUUCCUUUAUCCGAAUAUUAGAGGUAUAAUUUCAUAAGCUGUAACCUGCAUUAAGUCAUUAGCCAUGUGUUUCUGACAUGACAUGCAGAGAUACUGGAGGAAGCCUUAUCUAUUACUAGAAAAGGUAAAAGCUAUAGGGACUGAAUUUCAUGAAAGGAUUCAUCAGACUGCAAAGGAAGGUAAAAGUGUUGGAUUAAUCUUAUCAGUCUGAUCUCAGAUAAUACCUGACCAUUUUCAGAUCUGAAAAUCUGGAAGUAAAGCUUCAGUGCCAUGGGUAACCUUCAGAGUCAGCCUUGGAAACAGUCUCACUCAGCUCAGCCUGAGGUUGGCAUGGGAUAGUGUUCCUGACAUCUUGGAGAAAGAGUGCUGUGUGUGUGUGAUGCAGGGACAAGCAGAACAGAGCUGGGCAGUUUGUUUAAGCCUAGAAAAUUAAAUAGAAUAGAAUAUUCUUUCCGCAUCUCACUGCCUUCUCCAUCUUUUCUCCUUUUCUGUUAACCUUGUAUUCUUCCUGAAGUGCAAGAUUUUACAAUAAUCAUUGUGUGGAGUCACAGUUUUAGUGUUUUUUAACUUUAAAGUGCCACAGGCAGUAGCAUACUCUCCAGAGCUUAAAACAUUGGUAACACAGAAAGCACUUGAAUCUUAUUUCUGAGUAGAAAAAAAUACAAGAUUUGACAAGUUUCUGUGAUAACUUAUGCCAUUAGGCUAAUUGGUCUUUCUUACUGAUUUGUUUUGCAGAGCUCUGUAAGACACUAUAGUAACCUUAUGUAAAAGGCUCCACAGCACUAGCCUUCUAUUUUGCAGCUCUGAGAAACACAGAAUAAGCAGAAAAUUGUUAUAGCUGUGAUAUGGUCAUUCAUUGUUCAGCUUCAUUGAGAAGCACCUAGAAAAUGUUUAAUGCAGAGGCUUGGUAUCAGGCAGGAACUUUUAUGUAAGCGCUCACAGAAUCAUAGAAUCACAAGGUUGGAAAGAACCUACAAGAUCAU